GCCUGCGAGGAAUGAGGAAGCAGGGAACUCAGCUGAUCAGCUGAGUGCAGUUGUUGCAGACGCCUGACGGUUGGUAGCAUCCAGCAUUUAGCAGAGAUGGCAGGUGUGGGCAUGGCAAAGAGAUGGCUACCUGCUCAGCUGCUGCUCCUCUGGACGCUGACCAACAUCUCUGAAUCCAGAGUGCACUUGUCUGCUCCAGAAUCUGUCACACUUGUGAAAUACUCUCAAGCCAACGUCACCAUCACCUCAAGUGCUGCUGUCAACCAGACAGCUGUGAUUCACUUAAAUGUGACCUACAGCUCCAAUCUGAACUACACAUCCGUAAUCACACUGCCGGAGCAGGUGUUGCUGCCAGUAGCGUCUACCUCUGUCAGUUUCAAUGUGACAGCCCAUGAUGUCGGUCAAGUGACCACACACCUGCUUAGCAACAAUACUGACCUCAACAGUUCUCUCGUCAGGAUCCACUUCAUGGUCAUCCAUAGCAACGUGGUGUCAGUGAUCAGUGACGUGAUUGGCUGGAUUUACUUUCUGGCCUGGUCGGUGUCCUUCUAUCCACAAGCCUGGGAAAACUGGAGAAGGAAAAGUGUUGUAGGUCUCAACUUUGACUUCCUAGCUCUGAACCUUACCGGCUUCAUCGCUUACAGUGUCUUCAAUAUAGGACUGUUCUGGGUGCCUUACAUUAAGGAGGAGUUUCUGAAGAGCAACCCGAAUGGGAUUAACCCCGUCAAUGCUAAUGAUGUCUUCUUCAGUCUCCAUGCUGUCCUGCUCUGUUUGGUCUACAUCUGCCAGGCUGCUGUGUAUGAGAGGGGGGGUCAAAGGGUCUCCUGGACGGCCUUGAUCUUGUUGGCGAUUGGCUGGAUUUUUGCCUUGGUCAGCUUGUUUCUUGCUGUAGCCAAACAGAUCACCUGGCUGGAUUACCUCUACUAUUUCUCCUACAUUAAACUUGCAGUCACUCUGAUCAAAUAUGUGCCGCAGGCGUACAUGAACUACAAAAAACAGAGUACUGAAGGCUGGAGUAUUGGCAACGUGUUGCUGGACUUUACUGGUGGAAUCCUCAGUAUCCUACAGAUGAUCAUACAGUCUUACAACAAUGACGAGUGGAAGCUGAUAUUCGGCGAUCCUACAAAGUUUGGUCUGGGUCUGUUCUCUGUAGUGUUUGACAUCCUCUUCAUGACUCAGCACUACUGUCUCUACAGACGACCACCACAGUACGAAGCUGUUACAGAGCAAGUAGAGGAUGAAUGCUCAUAGACUGUCUUAAAACCCACAAAUCACAAAAGACCACGUGAUUGAUUUGCAUCAGUGCACAAGAGUGAGCACAUCAGAUUAACCAGUAAAUGAUUCACACAGGUCAAUGAGCAGGUUUCCAGUUGUUUCCAGCAGUACUGAGUUUAGUGUGCUGCCGCCUUAAAUUUUCUCAGGAUAUGCACUUGUCUUUUUUUUACCACUGUAUAAAAAUGGUUAAAGUUAUGGAAAUAAUGGGUGGAAUGAUGUCAGUGUAAACACUUUUAAAAAAAAUUAAAAACAAUAUUACAACACAAA